UAAGCGUAACAGUCCAAUUAGCCAGGAGACGCUUCUGGUCCUUUCUCGGCUCUUCGUCUCCAAUUGAAGCUCGAAGGUAUUCUACAACCAUGGCGAUCCAUUGCUGAAACCCAGCACAGUAUGCCGUCCAAGGAUCGAGUGGCGUAUUUCUAUGACGGGAAUGUGGGCAAUGUUUAUUUUGGACCAAACCAUCCAAUGAAGCCACAUCGUCUCUGUAUGACACAUCAUCUUGUUCUCUCAUAUGAACUUCACAAGAAAAUGGAAAUAUAUAGACCACACAAGGCAUUUCCUGUCGAGCUUGCCCAGUUCCAUACACCAGAUUAUGUGGAUUUCUUACGCCGAAUUACACCAAACACGCAGCAUUUGUUUGCAAAUGAAUUGACACUGUAUAACCUUGGUGAAGAUUGCCCUGUAUUUGAGAACCUGUUUGAGUUCUGUCAAAUAUAUGCUGGUGGAACGAUAGAUGCUGCACGAAGAUUGAACAAUCAACUUUGUGAUAUAGCUAUCAAUUGGGCUGGCGGUUUACAUCAUGCAAAAAAGUGCGAGGCAUCAGGAUUUUGCUAUAUAAAUGACUUGGUUUUGGGUAUCUUGGAGCUUCUGAAAUAUCAUGCCCGUGUUUUAUACAUCGACAUAGAUGUUCACCAUGGAGAUGGAGUUGAAGAGGCUUUCUACUUUACUGAUAGGGUGAUGACUGUUAGCUUCCACAAGUAUGGAGAUAUGUUCUUUCCCGGAACUGGCGAUGUCAAGGAAGUAGGUGAACGUGAAGGCAAGCACUAUGCCAUUAAUGUCCCACUUAAGGAUGGAAUUGACGAUGCUAGUUUUACAAGACUUUUUAAUACGAUCAUUGCCAAGGUUGUUGAAACAUAUCGACCAGGUGUUAUUAUUCUCCAAUGUGGUGCAGACUCUCUGGCUGGAGAUCGCUUGGGCUGCUUCAACCUUUCCAUUGAAGGUCAUGCUGAGUGUGUGAGAUUUGUGAAGAAAUUUAAUUUGCCUUUGUUGGUGACUGGUGGUGGGGGUUAUACAAAAGAAAACGUUGCCCGCUGCUGGACCGUUGAAACUAGUGUUCUUUUAGAUACUGAACUUCCAAAAGAGAUUCCGGUCAAUGAAUAUAUCAAUUAUUUUGCUCCAGAUUAUUCUUUGAAGCUUCAGAGCAGGAAUAUGGAGAACCUGAAUAGCAAAACGUAUCUUAGCUCCAUCAAGGUGCAGGUUCUGGAAAAUCUCCGCUACAUACAAUCUGCUCCAGGUGUUCAAAUGCAAGAGGUUCCUCCAGACUUCUAUAUCCCUGAUUUUGACGAUGAUGAGCAGAACCCAGAUGAACGUAGCACGCUCAGGACAAGCAAAUUCAGCGGGAUGAUGAGUAUUACGCGGGUGAUAAUGACAACGAUCAAGAGCGCUGAGCAUCUAGUGAUUUUUUUUUUUUUUUUCAUUUUUCAAAAUUGCUUAAUUUUUGGGAUGGUUGAAAUAUGAUGAAUGAAGGUUUUGAGGCCAAAUGCAUCCAAUCAACAAUGGAUUAUAUUGAUGUUAUCCAUUGCAUAUUCUACUGCUAAACUGAAAAGAACA